AUGAAUUUUCAUCCCUUUGAUUCCAGUAGUGCCAAUUUCCACAACAUCAAAGUGAUUUGUCGUUUUAGACCUGAGAAUGAGUCUGAAUUGAAGAGAGGUCACCAAAUUGUUAGUUUCCCCAAUGCGCAAACUGUAUGUGUAACUGGUGCUAAUUUCACAAACCAUUUCACAUUUGACCGAGUAUUUCAACCAAAUGCAUCUCAAGCUGAUGUGUACCUGUUUUCCGUUGGCGAAACUGUGGAUUGUUUGUUAAACGGGUAUAAUGGCACUGUAUUGGCUUAUGGCCAGACUGGUUCUGGUAAGACUUAUACAAUGUUGGGAAAUCCCAUGGACGAGGAAAUGAUGGGGAUAAUACCCAGAAUAUGGCAUGAGUUGUUUGAAAGGAUUCUCACUAUUGAUGAAUAUACUAUACAUGUAUCAUUUUUAGAAAUUUACAUGGAACAGAUUAAAGAUUUGAUGACCGAGGAUAAGGAAGUUUGCGACCAGAGCAGAUAUACAAUACACGAGGAUAAACAUCUAGGACUAGUAGUCAAAGGUAUCAAUCGCAAACAAGUUAACAACGUAAUGGAAGCAAUGGAUAUUCUCAAUAAAGGGUUAAAAUUGCGAGCUACAUCUCCAACGGAUAUGAAUUUGGAAAGUUCGAGGUCUCACACUAUCUUGCAAAUCCAAUUAUCUCAAAAAGAUAUAAACACUCAAGUGACAAAGAGGUCCAAUUUAUUCCUAGUAGAUUUGGCGGGCUCGGAAAAAGUGAAUAAAACUGGUGCUCAGGGACAAACCUUGAAAGAAGCUCAAAAGAUAAAUCUGUCACUUUCUUCAUUAAGUAAUGUAAUCAAUGCUUUGACUGACGGCAAAUCAACUCAUGUUCCAUAUCGAGAUUCAAAAUUAACAAGAAUUUUACAGGACUCGCUUGGUGGUAAUUCAAAAACUUCAUUGAUCAUAAACUGUUCACCUUCAUCAAUAAACGAGUUGGAAAUACUAUCAACGUUAAGAUUUGGAACAAGAGCUAAAACAAUUAAAAAUCACGCACGUGUAAAUGUAGAAUUGAGUCCUGAAGCAAUGAGGCUGAAGUUCCAACAAUUGGAAAAGACCAACGAGUCUAACCAGAUUUACAUCAAGCAAUUGGAAGAUGAAUUAACCCACUACAAAUAUGGCCCAGAAGUUAACGGGGAAAUAAUAAACUCUCCACUGUUGUAUUCUUUACGAAGAACUAGUACAGCCGGUAGCCCUUCUCCUUCUUCAAUAAAUGCUACCUCAAGAUCAAUAAGACAAUCAAAAAGUUUUGCUUUUGAUACUCGAAUACCCUUAUUACUACAGAACCUGCUAUUGCUAUCAUCAUCACCCUCACGCCCCUCACGACCUCCAACACGACCUCCACACAGUAUGGAUUUGCCCGCCAUCCCUGGCACCACGACUACGAUGACCACCUCCACUACUACCGUUCUCAACAUAGACAAUGAGUUGUUGCGUCGAGACGAAAAGAUUAAAGAAUUGGAAAAUACUGUUUUGAACCUUAAAAUGCAAAAGCUAAGGAAUGCACAUUAUGAAGAAAGCAAGUUAUUUUCUUUGGAGAAUUCUCUACAUAACAUAAGCGCUAAAUUGAAUGAGGUUGAAAUGAUCAAUGCCAAUUUACGCAAACAUUUGUUAAUUAGUGAGAAAAUAAUUGAGAGUAGAGAUGACAAGAUUAUUAAAUUGAAAUUUGCAUUGAAGGAGCAACAGAUGUUGAUAAACAGAGAAACACUAGGAUUUAAAAAUCGAUUGGGAGAAAUUCAUUUGAAAUUAGCCGAUUUAAGCAAGUUUAAAGAAGAGGAAAUGAUGAUUAAACGACAAACUUUGCUAUUACAACAAGAGCAACAAAAACAACUUACACUAGCACGACUGAGGAGUACACAAGGCGAUGGUGGUGAUAGUGGUGAUAGUGGUGUUGGUAGUGUUGAUGUUGAUGUUGGUGGUGAUGGUGAUAGUGGUGAUAGUGGUGGUGGUGGUGGUGGUGGUGGUUACAGUGAUGAUGGUGGUGAUGGUGAUGGUGGUGAUAGUUAUGAUGGUAGUGAUAGUGGUGGUGAUGAUGGCGGCGGCGACGUCUCAUCUGUGCAAUUGAUUAGGAACGGCAAUGCGGUACAUAUGAUUGACACAGAGUCUGUGGUUGAUUUUGGUGAUCAGGAAACAAUUUCAAAUAUUAGUCCUGAUCCCGACCUUCUUGAUUCAUCAACUGAUAAUUUACCUCAAAAGAACUUUGGUUUAGCGGUAAAUGGUACCCACCAAGUUGGAACUACUUGUUCCAACGCAAAUUAUAAGGGAGAGGGCUUUUUCAUUUAUGCAUCGGAAAAACUUGAUUCUCCAUCUUCCAAUGAGGAAGAUGAGGAGGACGAGGACGAGGAGGACGAGGACGAGGACGAGGACGAAGAGGAAGAAGAGGAAGACAAAGACAAAAUGGAAAAGAAGGAAAAGAAGGAAAAGAAGGAAAAGAAGGAAAUAAAGGAAAAGAAGGAAAAAAAGGAAAAGAAAGAAAAGGAUGGUUCAAACUAUAUUACAGUAAAUGGUUUUCAAAUUGAAAAUAAACGAAGAUCUACGUUAUCAGCAAAGAGUAUGAAAUCAAAUACUACUACAAUCACGUCAUCAUCCAUGGCAACAAUAAUACCCGAUAAAGUGGAACAGACUUACGAGUGUAACACAUCAAUUAUGUUUAAAGACAAUCUAAAAGAAAAGAAACAUAGUAGCAAAAAUGGUAAAGUUUCUUUGAAAUUGCUCAAUUUGAAAAGCAAUAAACCGUUGAAAACGGGAUCAAAGAGGACGAUACGUGCUGUUGGUUCAGAUGAGCUAAUAGAGUCCUAUACCUUUCAUAACGAAAGUCAUUUUCAAGAAUCUCAAUUAUGGCGUAAUUUAACUACUAAAGUUGAUAUGGAUAUGGAAUUGGAAUUGAAUACUACUACAGAUGCUACCAUAACCAUUCAUUUCAACAAUACAAACACAACAUAUGUCCUUGUCUCAUUGCAUCCACUCAAGUUUCAGGAGAUUGAUCCCGGUAUUUUUGCCAAGACUUUUUUUUCAACAACAGUACCGCUAUCAGGAUGUCUUCGGAUGAUUAAUGAUACUUCGAGCAUAACACAUAUCGAAGCAAGAGAUAUAACAUUAACGGACCCACCACAUAUCCUGUUUGGGAUUAAUGUUCUUUUAUCUACAUUGAGCUAUGAUUUUGGUUUAGAUGGAACAGGGGCAAAGUUUGGCUUGAGCAAUACAAUGAUAUGUCGGGGUACAAAUGACCAAACUAUACAAAUAUUGAAAAAAAUGAGGUACAUUUCUUUGCCCGAGGCUCGAGUUAGAAAUCUACUGUGGGACAAGAAUGGAAAAUGGACAAAAGAAAAGUGGCAGGGAUUAUAUACUUGGUAUAAAUUUAAAAAGUUGGGACUAUUGUUUUUCAAUAUGAAUGAAUUGAAGUAUGAAAAGCCGUAUUGUGAAAGUCGACCAGAGUAUCUACAAUGUCAACUGCGCUUGAAGGAGUGA